AUGGAAGUCACAUGCCACUUUUGUGGCAAAUAUCUCAAGGGAAGGUUCCGCAUCUAUCGCCAUCUGAAGAGCCACACAGAUGAUAAAAUACUGUGUACAAUUUGCAAGAAGAUGCUGAGUAGGAAAAGUUAUAAGCCACACAUGCAGCGUCACAGUGGUGUAAAAUCAUAUACUUGUGAAAAAUGUGCUGCCACCUUCUACACUUGUGCGGAACUGUGUAAUCACAGGCGUUCUAUUCAUAACAAGCAUAGGACUCCCACAAACACCUGCCACCUGCCACUCCCCCGAUCCAGUGGCAAAGGAUUUUCCCCACAGCCUUCAAGAAGACCGGCU